GGGAGGGACGGGAGGCGAGCGGGAGGGGAGCGCGGCCGCCCCGGGAGCUGCGCACGCGAUGCCCGUUCGGCCGGGAGGGUCCCGAGCUGCUGCCCCUGUGCCCGGCCCUAUAGCAGGAUCUGUGGGUCGGGACUGACAGGGUGCAGCCCUGGGUGCUGGUGCUGCAAUGGGGCCGGGUAUGGCUGUAAUAGGGCGGCGGGACGGCCUGGCACCCCGUGCCCACCCCCGGGGAACACACGGUGCCGGGUGCUGGUGGCCGUGGUGGGCGCUGCUGCUGGCCUGGUUCAUCCUGGGCAUCAACACGAUGCAGGUCCCAGCCCCAAGGGGAGCAAUGUGGGGUCCUGAGCCCCCCACCCGCACUCGGCCCCGCAGGCAGCCAACUCAGGGUGUAUGGGGGCCAUGGGGGCCAUGGAGUGCCUGCUCCAGCUCCUGUGGGGACGGCGUUGCGCUCCGCACCCGGAGGUGUCUGCGCUCUGCCGAGGAGGAGCCGUGCACAGGGGACCAGCGGCAGUACCGGCUCUGCCAGCUCCAGGGCUGCCCUGGCGGCUCGGUGCCAUUCCGUGCCAUGCAAUGCUCCCUAUAUGACGACAAACCCGUGCAGGGCAUGCAGACCCGGCACCGCUGGGUGCCCUUCUAUGGAGCCCCCAACGUCUGCGAUCUCAACUGCUUGGCCGUGGGGCACAACUUCUACUACACCUUUGGCCGCGUGCUGGACGGCACCCGCUGCAGGCCUGGCUCCACGGAUCUGUGCGUCGGUGGGCGCUGCAUGAGCAUUGGCUGUGAUGGGAUCCUGGCCGUGGGCACACAGCUCCGUGGCUGCAGCCGGUGCGGUGCGGGGCAGGACGGGUGUCUCUUUGUGCACCGGCUCUUCCAGGACACGGAGCCCUUCUCCGGUCAUUUUGGGUACAUGAAUGUGACCAAGAUUCCCGCUGGGGCCACCAACAUCAAAGUGACGGACAAGAGCCGCAACUUCCUCGCCCUGAUGAGGAGCGAUGGACGCUACGUGCUCAAUGGGGACUGGUCCAUUGCCUGGCCAGGGCCCUAUGAGGCAGCUGGCACACAGCUGCUCUACGCCCGCAGCCCUGAUGGCACCGAGAGCCUGGAGGCACCGGGACCCACAGAUGAGGACCUCCAUGUGCUGGUGCUGCUGCAGGAACCCAACCCAGGAAUUGAGUAUGAGUUCUGGCUGCCCCGCCAGCACCCCCAGGGCAGCAUGGUGGACACCAGUGCCCUGCGGCAGCCUCAGCCCCGUGGGGCUGGCAGCCCCCCACCCGCUGAGCCCCCACUCCCCACAGUGCCCCCCAGGAGCAGGGGCCCCAUCAUGGAGCCACCGCCACCACGAAGCCCCACUGGGGUCCGAGCUGCUGCAGGUGACCUCCUACAUCAUCCCACACCUCCAGACUAUGUGCUGCAGAGAGGGCGAUGCGGACGCUGCCACCCACCCAAGGGACGCUCCCAGCGCAUCCAGCACUUCUGUCAGAGUGACUUUGUGUUCAGAGCUCGGAUCCUGGCCCAGCGCUCAGUGGGGCAGGAGAUGCGUUACGAGGUGCAGGUGGUGACUCUAUACCGGCACCGCUUCCCUAUGGUACCGCUGGAAUACGUCUGGGUACCCGAUACAUGUGGCUGCCCCAUAUUGCUGGGGGGCCACGACUACGUGCUGAUGGCACGGCGGCACGUCAACUACGAGCACACAUUGAACCGUAUCCUGCUGCAACGCGAUGGUUACGCACGGCCAUGGUCACCCCGCGAGGAGCGAGCGGUGCGGGAUGCGGGACGGCGCUGUGCACACCAGCACUGAGAUCCCAAGGAGGGAUAUGGGGGGGGAUGGGAUUCCUCCUGCUGUGCUGUGGGUCCCGGUGGGUGUUUGGAUGGGGGGUGGUGGA